AUGAACCAAGAUACGUUGUACAAACUCAUGCACCUAUCAUCCAUCAACCACAGCCAACUCGGCGACGACACCGGGCCCACAGUCGAAGACAUGCGAUGGAACAUGUGGUUGGCAUCAACUACCAAAGGGAGACAACAGCAGUCCGUUCAGUCAAGUCGAGAUGAGGGGCCCCAAAGACCCAUCAGCCCGAGUCUAAGCAACUAUAUGAACACCUCCAAUGACAAGUCGUAUUCAGAAGAUCUGAUAAGCAGCGAAAACCAAGGGCAGAACUUAUUACAUGCGAACGAGGAGCCACAACCAAGGUCUUCAGAAACGUACCCAUCUAGCAUACCUCCAUCGGAGAGCCAACACGAGCCAUUGGACGACGAACAAGAGCUACCCGAGCUUCAAGCAAGAGAGCAAUUUGCUGAUAUCCCGCCAGCAACAAGUCCUUGCGCUCUACCUAAAAGCUCGAGCUACGAGAGAAGUGAGAAUAGUCUUAAAACGAGAAGCGACCUGGUUCUCCCAAUGGGCUCCUUCAUGCCAGUGGCUCCCAAUGUUCAAGACCUCCUGGACCUCUUGGCUGCUAGCGAGGAACAGCAGGAGCCAAAUAUUGAGGACCCAACCCAACAAGAAACGACACCAAAUGCUGACGAGGAAGACGAAAUUUGGAAGAAGUUUGUUCUUGAUGACGAUAGCGCCGAGAUUAGCCGAAAGGCUCGAGAGGAGGCGCAUGAACAGACCAAAUGCGCACUGGGUUUCAAGAAGCCAAAUGUUCCCCGAAUGUUUGCAGAAUCAUCUUUGCCUUCAGGGUCGAGCGCACCGCCAAGCGAUAUCGCAGAACCCCCUUCAGCAUCCCAAAGAGAAACACCGACAAUGGAAGGACGUAACUUUAUUUUGGCAGAUGACCAAAUUCAAGAUAUACCGGGCGCAGAGCUGGAAGCCCCGUCAUCGGAGACCGCCGCAAGGGUAGAUAUCGCGGACGCGACCGACUCUAUCAUUGCUCAACCCUCCUCGCCUCAACCGCUGCAUGCCGAGUUCAAGUUCCAUCAACCGCAGCUCUUUGUUGGUCGAUUAGCUAGUGACGUCCCUUCCACCAAAUCGCCAGUUUACUUGGAUGCGCCACGGAGCAAGGGAAGACGGCAACGAUCUAGAAGGCGCAGGGAUAAGGGGCGGCCUGAUUUCCGCACCAUGCCAAACUACAAUGACGACCCAAUCGAGGAGGAUUAA